GUUCCAUUCCCGGGGGAUUGGAGUAGCGUUGGAGUCUCUGACGCCAUCCCCACCCGCCUCUGGCGUGCAUGGAGCAUGCGCUUCCUUCCUCACUUCCUCUCCAGGAGGGAGCGGGAGUAAAGCUACGCCCUGGUGCGGCCGUCUCCGCGUCACAGGAACUUCAGCACCCACGGAGCGGACAGCGCUCCCCUCCACCUGGAGACGUGACUCCCGCGCGCCCCAGCCCUGCUAAUCCCUUGACCCCCCGAGUGUCUGAGAUCCCGCGGCCGCCCAGUCCCGGCCCCUCUCCCGCCCCGCACCCGCCCUCCUGGCUCUUCCUGUUUUUACUCCUCCUUUUCAUUCAUAACAAAAGCUACAGCUCUGGGAGCCCAGCGCCGGGCUGUGACCCAAGCCGAGCGUGGAAGAAUGGGGUUCCUCGGCACCGGCACUUGGAUUCUGGUGUUGGUGCUCCCGAUUCAAGCUUUCCCUAAACCUGGAGGCAGCCAAGACAAAUCUCUACAUAAUAGAGAAUUAAGUGCAGAAAGACCUUUGAAUGAACAGAUUGCUGAAGCAGAAGCAGACAAGAUUAAAAUAACACUUCCUGCAGAAAACAAGCGAGGUCAGAACAACUACUCUUUUGCUGAUAACUUGAACCUGCUGAAGGCAAUAACAGAAAAGGAAAAAAUUGAGAAAGAAAGACAAUCUAUAAGAAGCUCCCCACUUGAUAAUAAGCUGAAUGUGGAAGAUGUUGAUUCAACCAAGAAUCGAAAACUGGUAGAUGAUUAUGAUUCUACUAAGAGUGGACUGGAUCAUAAAUUUCAAGAUGAUCCAGAUGGCCUUCAUCAACUAGACGGGACUCCUUUAACCGCUGAAGACAUUGUCCAUAAAAUCGCCACCAGGAUUUAUGAAGAAAAUGACAGAGCAGUGUUUGACAAGAUUGUUUCUAAACUACUAAAUCUUGGCCUCAUCACAGAGAGCCAAGCACAUACACUGGAAGAUGAAGUAGCAGAGGUUUUGCAAAAAUUAAUCUCAAAGGAAGCCAACAAUUACGAGGAGGAUUCCAAUAAGCCCACAAGCAGAACUGAGAAUCAGGCUGGAAAAAUACCAGAGAAAGUGACUCCAAUGGCAGCAAUUCAAGAUGGUCUUACUAAGGGAGAAAAUGAUGAAACAGUUUCUAACACCUUAACCUUGACAAAUGGCUUGGAAAGGAGAACUAAAACCUACAGUGAAGACAACUUUGAGGAACUCCAGUAUUUCCCAAAUUUCUAUGCACUACUGAAAAGUAUUGAUUCAGAAAAAGAAGCAAAAGAGAAAGAAACACUAAUUACUAUCAUGAAAACAUUGAUUGACUUUGUGAAGAUGAUGGUGAAAUAUGGAACAAUAUCUCCAGAAGAAGGUGUUUCCUACCUUGAAAACUUGGAUGAAAUGAUUGCUCUUCAGACCAAAAACAAGCUAGAAAAAAAUGCUACUGACAAUAUAAGCAAGCUUUUCCCAGCACCAUCAGAGAAGAGUCAUGAAGAAACAGACAGUACCAAGGAAGAAGCAGCUAAGAUGGAAAAGGAAUAUGGAACCUUGAAGGAUUCCACAAAAGAUGACAACUCUAACCCAGGAGGAAAGACAGAUGAACCCAAAGGAAAAACAGAAGCCUAUUUGGAAGCCAUCAGAAAAAAUAUUGAAUGGUUGAAGAAACAUGACAAAAAAGGAAAUAAAGAAGACUAUGACCUUUCGAAGAUGAGGGACUUCAUCAACCAACAAGCUGAUGCUUAUGUGGAGAAAGGCAUCCUUGACAAGGAAGAAGCUGAGGCCAUCAAGCGCAUUUAUAGCAGCCUGUAAAAACGGCAAAAGAUCCAGGAGUCUUUCGACUGUUUCAGAAAACAUAAUAUAGCUUAAAACACUUGUAAUUCUGUGAUUAAAAUUUUUUGACCCAAGGAUUAUUAGAAAGUGCUGAAUUUACAGUAGUUAACCUUUUAGAGGUGGUUAAAACAUAGCUUUCUUCCCGUAAAAACUAUCUGAAAGUAAAGUUGUAUGUAAGCUG